UUUACAUCCUGUGCAGCAGCGCCUGCGCCCGGCCCUGGCCUGAGCGCUCCUUAUAUCUUGCGAUAAUUGGGGGGAGAAGGGUGUGCGCUUGACGCGAGCUUUGCGAGCAACGUACUGCCUCUGAACCUUCUGUAACCGCGACUUACUGAGCUACGAUGGACGACGACGUAUGGGGCUUCACGGUGGUGAGGGGGGAGGGAUUCAAGGGCCUCCGCCCAGAGAAGAAGUGGAAGCCGAUCGUGACGCUCGACGUCGACCAGCUGAGCGGGGGACACCGCGAGACGGUACUGGGCUGCGAUGGGCAGAACCCAAACCUCAAGGAGUUGCUGCGGAUCGCUGGCGCCACCAUGAAGUCGAAGGUCGAGAUCCAGGUCUGGCACCGCUCGGAGAGCAAGAAGAAGAGCAAGAAGAGGAACCUGGUCGGCACUGCGCGACACUCCCUUGAGGACUUGUUCGUGCAGCAGGAGAGGGACAAAAGAGUCGAGGUUCGCCUCCAGUGUCAGGCCCUACGCAAAAAGAGUGCCGUGAAGACGAAGGCCAACAACGGGCCGUACCUGCUCCUACGACUACACCCACCAUCAUCUGUAUCCCUCCCUCGCCUCGACACCUCCCUAUCCACCGAUGAAGGCACCCUGUCUGACGGGCGAUCUUCAGGAUACAACUCGGACGCUGCAUCACCUUUGGUAUCCCCCGUAACAAGCUCAUCUCCAAUAGCAAGCGAGCCCGAGGGGAAGUCCUCUGACUUCGAAGCCAGUCCUGGGCCAUCAACUCUCCGCCAUCGCAAGAAGGCGAAGGGCUACUGCGUCGACUCAGACGACGAACCAGCGUCAUCUACUGCUUCAGAUGACGAUGAAUGGCCCGACUUCACCGUCGAGCCUGCUGCAACCGGAUCGGACGACAGCAACAGCACCGUCGUAAACGACAACUGCGAAGACGGUGACGAUGAGCAGCCUGGUGCAGUCGUCCUCUUGCCACCCGGCCUGCUUUCGGCCGCGGUCGAGUGGAUGGCGGCUUCCGCUGUGGCUAUACUACCUCAGUACACAGAAAAGAUCGAGGUGCCAGAACAAGCGCAACCCUCAUUACCGGAGCGUGUCUUGAUUGCCUGUACGGUAUACCGCGACCUCAGGGACCCCACUUUAUGCGACUUCGACCAGGUGCACCAGCGCUUGCGCCACGAGUGGUUUAUGAUGAUUACAAUCCUGGCUGCCAUAGCAGGCGUUGAUGCGGCAAUCUUUGCUAUCGGGCCGGACACCAUCUUCGCCGUCACCGCAAACGAGUUCAGCCGCAUGACCAUCGCAUUCAGCUUCAUCGCCAGCGGGUGCGGCAUCGCCUGCAGCGCGCUCCUCCUCGCGCGCUUCAACUGGUGUACGCCGGCUGUCUUCGCUUCCCGCGCCAAAGACAUCGGCAGCGACUCCUACGUCUGCUUCGCGCUCUCCGCGCACGUCCCGCUCCUCUGCAUGAUGGUCGCGUCCGUGUGCGUCAUGAUAUACAUGGCCUCCGUCGCGUUCAGCGAGUGGCCCGUCGGCUCCGCGGUGUUCUGCUUCUUCGUCGGCAUGAUCAUGACGCUGCAGUUCUUCGCGUAUGGGGCACGGAAGCUGGCGGCGGGCGUGAGGCAUGUGAGGAGGCGGACGAUGAGUCUGAGGCCGGGCGGGGUGUGAAGUGGGUGUGGUUUGCAUAUUUCUUGGGUCAUUUGAAAUGGAAAAGUCAAUUGUCUCGUAGGUCCAGGAUGAUGUGCUCAUAUAUUGGUCGAGACCUAUCUUGUUCGAAGCUGUCUACCAUCGGCGAGUUAGCAUGCGUUUCUGUCUC